CACUUCUCCACUAAUGAUUCAAUUGUCGACAAAGCACUGGAACUGAAGUUCUUCUGCUAUUCCAGAGACAUGUCUCAUAUUACCCCGCUUCGGUAUAACCCCUCCGCAAGGAUGUGUCUCUCCACCUGGAAUGACAGGCGGAAACUUCCGCAGAUAUCUUGAUAACGGUACAGCCAUACACCUCUUCUCAGAUCGAGAAAGUCGGGUGCUGAAUUAACCAAAGCUAAAGAUAACAAGCCCCGGAUGAGGGGAGGGGAGAUCUUCAGACUUGUCGGUUACUGAACCUUACCCGCAUCCGCCGCUUCCCCCUUAUCUCGCCUAUCACCAAAUUAAAGUUUGUCACCAAGGAUAAGGAACACGUCGGCAACGCCAACGUAAACUGAUACCCCUUUUCCGCGCAGCUCUAUCAGCUGUUCACACUUCAUGAAGAACAUCCUAUAUCUAUCGUAGAACCUACGUUGAAGCUCAAAGGAAUCGACGACGUCUUUGAUUGAUUCAACAUGGCUGCCACAUACGACCUGGUGGUCGUCGGAGCGGGAUGGUUUGGUCUUUCCUCCGCAAAAGCAUACCUAGAUUUCCAUCCCCAAGAAAAAAUCCUCGUCGUCGAAGCGUCAGGUAGUUGCGGCGGAACAUGGUCGAAAGAUCGUCUCUACCCUGGCCUCAAAUCCAACAACAUCGUUGGCUCCUACGAACACCCUGAUCUCCCCAUGUCAGAAGCCGUCUAUGGUGUCAAGCCCGGAGAGCACAUUCCUGCCGCGGUUCUACAUCAGUAUCUCACUGAUUUUGCGAAGAAAUUCGGUGUCUUUGAACGCACGCGCUUCAAUACUAAAGUCGAUACCGUGGAACCUAGCGUGUCUGGAGGAUGGCAGUUACAUGUCUCUACUGGAACUUCAUCGGAAGUCAUCGAGACAAAGAGAUUGAUCAUCGCGAGCGGCUUGACCUCGACGCCAAAUUUCCCUCAAUAUCCUGGCCAGGAAUCGUUUACUGCACCAUUUUUCCAUGCCAAGGACUUUUGCGUUCGAGGUGAUAUCAUCAACAAAGCCAAGAGAGCUGUUGUCAUCGGUGGUGCGAAAUCAGCUUUCGAUGUCGCGUAUGCUUUUGCCGCAAAAGGAGAUGUAGAUGUGGACAUGGUGAUCCGAGAAAAAGGCCAAGGACCCGUCUGGCUUUGCCCAGCGUAUGUGACGCCUCUGAAACGGAGGACUGAAGAACUUCUCCAUACGAGACUUUUGACUUGGUUCAGUCCGUGUCCGUGGGGUACCGAAGAUGGGUUUGCAAAAGUGCGGAACUUUCUGCAUUCCACGGCAAUCGGGAGGUGGCUUGUCCGUGGGUUCUGGAAAGUGAUGUCGAAUGAUGUUAUCACUCUGAACGCAUACGACAAGAAUCCUUUGGUCAGUCAACUGAAGCCCUGGAAUUCCAUCCUGUGGACUGGAUCUGGAGUCAGCAUUCAUAAUUACGAGACGAAUUUCUUUGAUCUUGUGAAAUCGGGGAAAAUUCGCAUUCAUACCACGGAUGUUUCGAAACUGGACGGCAACACUGUGUAUCCGGAGAACGGAAAAGCUAUCGAAACAGAUGUUGUUGUUUGUGCUACCGGCUGGAAAAAGGACCCAACAUUUAAAUUCCAGAAUCUAGGAGAAGCAGGUCUUGGCCUGCCAUACACGGCGGUCGAAAAGACUGGAUUAAGCAGGAAAGCCGAUGAGGACGUUCUGAAAAUGUUUCCCAGCCUUCGAAAUCAGCCUAUUCUCAAGACCCCCGCACCAGAAAGCGAUCCUCUGAGACUCUACAGAUUCGUGGUGCCGCCCACUAUGGUAGCAAAACGUAACCUCGCAUUCGCAGGUAUGGUCUCAACGGUCAGCACAUCGAUUUUCGCCGCCGUCCAAGGUCUCUGGAUCACGGCCUACUUCGACGGAAAUCUCGACAGGAUAGCGAGCAGCCAACAAGAGAUAACAGAUGAGGUGAUGCUUCAUACACAAUGGGGGAAGUGGAGAUACCCUUGUGGAUACGGAGCCAGACUACCGGAUUUUGCUUUUGACGCACUUUGUUAUAUUGAUCUGAUGUUGAGGGAUCUUGGGUUGAAGAACCAUAGGAAGAAAAGCCAGAUGGAAGAGAUCUUUAAACCUUAUAAGCCGACUGAUUAUGCGGGGUUGGUGGAGGAGUGGGAGGCGGGCCACGAUGGCUAUCCGGUGAAAGUGAAUGGGAUACAUUGAUAGGUGGAAUGCUUAGAAAUGGAGAUCUUAUGCUAAGAACUAAAGUUGAAUCAUGUGAUACAUUCUCCUUCUGUCCAACGCUGAGCGAUAAAGCAGAACGAGAACAUUGCAAACUUGGAAUCUCAGAACGUAGGUACUUAUCUGCCGCCUGGUUACAUAAAUGGAAGAUCAAGUUACCAUACUAAUGAUAGUAAAUCUUUGAUAUGUACGCACGUGACUAGAAUCAGGCAUCAAGUGAAACGGAUGCCUAGAGAGAAGGUUCCAGACAGAUAUUGAAGUUUAAAUUACCAUCUCGUACUCAA